GUGAGCUGUGAUAGUUACAUUUGGUUCAAGCAAGUUGACCGAAAAUGACAAAGUUUGCAGUGUUCUUCGUGGCAGCUUUGGCUUUCCAAGCCACCUUUGCUUUCCCCAAAUACUUUGAGGAAGGAAAACUCGUAAACUACUUGGACGAAAUCCAAACCGAAGUUAAGGAUUUGACUCUUUUCCUCCGCAACGAUUUCCCAGAAAACCAUUUCGCCGUCAAGACCAUCACCUGGCAAUUCCGUCAACUUGCUGUUGUUGUUGAUGAAAUCAUCAACAAGCUCCACGAAGAAAUCUUCAUCCACGAAGUUGAAGGUCACCAUGUCUUCAAACAAGUCACCUUCAUGCUUAGAGAAAUCCAUUCUUCCCUCAAGAAGAUGACUCUUUUCACCGAAAUGUCCGACCUUCACGAGGUCAAGAAAGACUUCAUCCUCUGUCUCGAAACCGUUUACGAAAACAUCGAGAAAUUGGUCCGUCUUACUUACACCACCUACCCCGAAUUCCGUUUCACCCUCAAGUAUCUUCUCGUCGACUUCAUGACCACCCUUCACCACAUCCGUUCCCACUUCGAACAUUUGAUGAAGACCGUCGAAGUUGAAUUCACCCCAAAACACUUGAUCACCAUGAUCCACGAAUACACUCGUGAAUGUACCGAAAUGAUCAAGGAAUUCAACCACCCCAUGCAAAUGAAAGUCGCUCUCCGUGGAUAUUUGAGAUACGUUCGUGAAAUCGUCUACCUUUUGGAAAAAGAAACCAUCGUCGGAGAGAAGGAAUUCGAUCUCCUUAUGCACACCCUCACCAACAAACUUCGUGAAAUCGUCUUCCCACUCAUGGAACUCACCAUGACCGAAGAAAUGAUCGACAUGAAAGUAUUCAGAACCAAGUUCGUCACCUACCUUUUCGACAUCGUUGGAACUUUCGAACAAAUGAUCCAAUACUGCGAAACCAAGCAUAUCCCCGUCGAAAUCAAGUACUUCAUCGAAAAAAUGAUGUACAACUACUUGUACGCCGUCAAGAACGUCUGCUACGAAAUGAGAUUCGGUUCCAAAAUCGGUUUCUACAUGCCAGAAUACUACACCAUGAACUACUACGGCAAAUACGGAUACGGUCUCUACGAAACCAUGUUCCGCAAGCACUUCUUGAACUACGAUAUGGGAAUGCACCCUUUUCCCAAUGCACAAAUACUUCAUGGGCAAAUACGAAAAAAUGUACACCCCAAUGUUCACCAAGAUGCACGAUUUCGAUAUGGAAUACUACAACAAAUACGGAAUGGAAAUGUUCUCCCGCAAAUACGGAAUGAACAAAUACUUCAAGGAAAUGCCCUUCGAAUUCGAAAGCAAGACCCCCAAGGAAUUAGUUAUGCACAUGGAGAUGCUCGUCAAGCGCGUCGUCGAACAAUUCGAAUACAGAACCAUGAACGUUAACGACGAAUCCACCCUUUACUACAUUCGCGAAUUCCUCACCUGCCUCGACCUCAUCUACAACAGACUCGAAUCCGUCACCUACACCGACAUGAUGGUCAGAGAAUUCCUCAUGAACCUUAAGGAAA